AUGGCACCUGUGGAUAGUUCUCCAAGAGAAAAUAUGGGCGGAUUCGAGUUGAUAUGCUCGUUAAAGGCAGAGGAUACAAUUCCGGUACAUAUGUACAAAUCUACGAACACCGGCUUGACAGUUUGUAUCGCGGAAAUAGACGGGCCAGUUGUCAGUGGCUAUUUCAAUCUUGCUACCGAAGCAUUUGAUGAUGACGGCCUUCCUCAUACAUUGGAGCAUCUUGUCUUCUUGGGCAGUGAAGAUUACCCCUACAAGGGUGUCUUGGAUCUCUGGGCUAAUAGAUGUUUGGCAUCUGGCACUAAUGCUACAACAUCACGUGAUUGGACAUAUUAUACUAUGACAACUGCUGGCAGUGAAGGAUUCCUCUCCCUAAUGCCAAUUUAUCUUGAACAUAUACUUUAUCCGACUCUUCAGGAUGCUGCGUAUCUUACAGAGAUACAUCAUAUUACUGGUGAGGGUAAGGAUGCGGGUGUAGUUUACUGUGAAAUGCAAGGUAAAGAAAAUACAGGAGAAUUUAUGACACUUAUUGAAAUGGCAAGAGCAAUAUAUCCUGGAAAAUGUGGAUAUAGAUCAAACACUGGAGGUGCAUUAAAGAAUUUGCGAGAAAGUACUAACAAUGAGAAAGUAAGGCAAUAUCAUAAAGAGUUUUAUAGACCAGAGAAUCUAACUGUACUAAUAGCGGGUCAGGUGAAGCAUGCUGACGUUUUCAAGGCUCUGCAACCUCUGGAGCAGAAAAUAAUUUCAAAGGGAAAUAGAGGACCAUUUAAAAGACCUUGGCAGACUCCAGUUGCACCACUCACGAAGAGUGAGGAUAUCGAUGUUUACUAUCCGUGCGAUGAUGAGGAUAAUGGAAUGGUGUACAUUGGUUGGCGAGGACCGUCUGUAGCCGAUAAAAUAUACGAUUGUCUCGGCUGUUCCUUACUUGCCAAAUAUCUCACUGAUACGUCCGUCAGUCCAUUGCAAAAGAAAUUUGUCGAAAGAGACAGUCCUUACGCCAGCAAUGUGGAUUAUGUUCAGUACGAUUACUUAGCUUCAACUUUGUGUUUUAAGUUUGAGAAUGUGCCGAAAGAUAAGAUUCCCCUGAUCAAGAAGCCUCUGAUGCAAGUGUUCAACGAUAUAUGUAGCAACGGUAUAGACAUGAAGAGAAUGAAAACUGUAGUUCACAGGAGCAUCCUUGAAAAUUUAAGUGCCUUGGAAAACGAGCCGCAUAAUUCAAUCGCGCAUAUGCUCUUUAAUCAUGUAUUAUACGGAAACACAAAGCAAGAUCUUGAUCAAAGAUUGAACACUGUGCGUGACCUUAAACUACUGGAAAACGAGCCCGAAUCGUACUGGGUAAAUCUUUUAAAGAUAUAUUUCGUUGAUGCUCCGAUGAUUGUUGUGAAAGGUAUACCUAGUAUUGAGAAGCAACGCGCCUUAACGCAAAAGGAGGAACAACGAACGGCUAAACAGAUAGAGAAGCUGGGUACGGAUGGCUUAGAAUGCAAAGAGAUAGAACUUCAAAAAGCUGUUGAGGAGAACGAGAAACCGGUACCUGAUGAGUUAUUAGAAAAAGUUGCCAUACCUGGCACGGAUACUAUUAACUUUCAUCAUAUCAAGAGUUAUACCACUGAAACUCCAGAGCAACAUUCUAGAUUAGAUGUUACUAAAUUGCCAUUCUUCACCUACUUGGAUCACGUUAACACAAAUUUCGUUUAUCUGUUUGUCCUUAUGGACACUUCCUCUAUUACCAAAGAAUAUAGAAAAUAUAUUCCAUUGUUGCUGGAAGUCAUUAUGGAAUCUCCGGUAAAGAGGGACGGCCGAUUAAUUCCUCACGAAGAAGUAGUAGCCGAAUUAGAAGCAGAUACUAUAGAAAUUUCCACUGAAAUUGGUUUUAUUAGCGGUUCGAGAUUUUCAUGUGGUGCCUAUAGUCACACUGUUAACUUGAUGCUACAACUCGAAUUGGAGAAGUAUGAGAAAGGUGUACAGUGGAUCAAAGAGCUUCUGUACGAUACCGAGUUAACGGUCGACAGAUUAAAAAUAAUAGCAACGAAAAUGGUGAAUGAUGUAGCUCAACAAAAGAGAGCCGGAUCCAAAGUCGUGAGCCAUUUAAUGAAAGGAUUAUUAUAUAAUAAAGACAGCAACACCUUUACAUCCAGCAUGUUGCGGCAGCAAAAGUUUCUUACUGAUAUUCUAGAGCGCCUGAAUGAUGAAACAGGAAAGAGAGAAGUUAUCGCGGAAAUCGAUUCGGUCAGAAAAACUUUAACAUCCCCGAAAAAUAUGUUACUGUACAUGGCCGUUAACGUAGAGAAGUUAACAGUGCAAGUUCCAAACGUUUACGCUCCGUGGACCAUGUUCUUCUCCGACAUGGGAACUUCAGUGAAAACAAAGCUUAAUAUCACUCCCGAUUGGUCAUUGCUGAAUCCUGCGGACGACAUCACAAUUAACGGUUGCAUUACAGGAUUGGGAUGCAUCGAAUCUUCCUUCUUAUGUCAUACUUGUUCGUGCAUAACCGACUAUCAGAGUCCUGAUCUACCAGCUUUGUCUGUUUGUUUACAGUAUUUAACUCAAGUGGAGGGACCUAUGUGGAGAUUAAUCAGAGGACAAGGAUUUUCGUACGGAUACAGCAUUUUUCCCAGACCGAGCGAAGGUUUAUUGUAUUUGGUUCUUUUUAGAGCCACGAACGCGGUGGCGGCGUUCAAGGAAACAAAAUCAAUAGUGGAAACGCAUCUUCCGGGCGAUAAAUGGGAUAAGCUGCUUUAUGAAUCAGCGAAGUCGUCAAUGAUCUUCGAGAUAAUUGAGCAAGAAAAGACAAUAGGCGAUACAGUGAUGAACUCAUUACUGUCAUAUUUUAAGAACGUACCACAUGAUUAUCAUCGUCAGAUGGUACGGCGUAUUUCCGCUGUAACUAUGGAAGACAUGACCCGUGUAGCGACCUUGUACCUCAAGCCAAUGUUCGAUCCGAAGAAAUGCAAGACCACUAUCGUGUGUCAUCCCUCUAAAGUUGCGGAAAUAGGAGAGACCUUCAAAGCAAUGAAUCAAGAUCUAAAACUGUACAACUGUCUUGAAGAGACAUACUUGAGCGAGUGGUAAGAAAAAAAAAAGUAUAUUUGUGAAUUACAAACUCGGAAAGCAUUUAUAUUUGGCAACUGAUUUUAUGAAACUUAUAAAAUUAUAUUUAUAUUAAGCAUUUAUAUUAAGCCAACUGAAUUUGAUUAUUUAACUAGUUUCCAGGCCAACGUACAUUAUAAAGAGUUAUAUUAUAAAAAGUUAUGUAUACUCUGCCUAAUAAUAUAUAAACACUGCAUAAUAUGUUAAAACGUGUGUUCGCUUUUGCGUAAAAGCAACGAGACAUUCUAAUAAUAAAUACUUAUGAAAGUAA